UGGCAAAUAUGUGAAAAAGUGAUUUGUAGUAGAAAUUAUUUGGAGAAUUGUGAUUGUUUUUUUGACGGAAGUACAUAUAAUUUUAAUUAAAAAUUGAAUUUUAUUUCAAACACAAUAUGUUAACGCUACGCGAUAGACAAAUAAACGCUAUCAAGCAGAUGCUGAAUUUAAAUGCCCAACAGCCGAAAGCGCUAGCUGCAGAGCCCGUUUGGAAAAUACUAAUUUUCGAUAGGGUGGGACAGGACAUAAUUUCGCCUAUUAUUUCCAUCAAAGAAUUACGCGAGUUAGGUGUGACUUUACACGUUCAACUACAUUCCGACCGAGAUUCAAUACCAGAUGUGCCUGCCAUUUACUUUUGUUUGCCCACCGAUGAGAAUUUGGACCGUAUUCAACAGGAUUUUGGAAAUGGCCUGUACGAUGUUUAUCACUUAAAUUUUUUAGCGCCCAUUACACGUCAAAAGAUUGAAGACUUAGCGGCUGCGGCACUCCAAGCCGGUUGCGUCGCUAAUAUACAUCGUGUAUACGAUCAAUACGUAAAUUUCAUUAGCUUAGAGGAUGACUUUUUUAUAUUGAAACAUCAAAAGAGCGAGCAGUUGUCAUACUAUUCAAUAAAUCGUGCUAAUACGCGUGAUGAGGAGAUGGAAGCAUUGAUGGACUCAAUAGUAGACUCGCUAUUUGCUGUAUUUGUCACAUUAGGAAAUGUGCCAAUUAUACGUUGUCCACGCAAUAGUGCUGCAGAGAUGGUAGCACGUAAAUUGGAGAAGAAAUUGCGUGAAAACCUAUGGGACUCUCGCUCCAAUCUUUUCCAUAUGGAUGCCACACAAGCUGGUGGUGGUGUAUUUAGUUUCCAGCGCCCUGUGCUGCUACUGUUGGAUAGAAACUUAGAUUUAGCGACCCCAUUACACCACACAUGGUCGUAUCAAGCGUUGGUGCAUGACGUUUUGGAAUUGGGUCUGAACUUGGUAUAUGUAGAGGAUGAUGGCUCAACGAAUACAGGCACAAGAAAGAAACCAAAAGCCUGUGAUUUAGAUCGCAAUGAUCGCUUCUGGAUGACACAUAAAGGCAGCCCGUUUCCCACGGUCGCCGAAGCUAUACAAGAGGAGUUGGAAUCUUAUCGGAAUUCAGAAGAGGAAAUCAAGCGUCUUAAAACAUCCAUGGGAAUAGAUGGCGAAACCGAAGUGGCUUUUUCUAUGGUAAAUGAUACCACUGCACGUCUCACGAACGCUGUAAAUUCGUUACCACAAUUAAUGGAAAAGAAGCGUCUCAUUGACAUGCACACAAAAAUCGCCACAUCGAUAUUAAAUUACAUAAAAGCACGUCGCUUGGAUUCCUUUUUUGAAUUAGAAGAGAAAAUUAUGUCGAAGCAAACACUCGACCGACCGCUUUUGGAAUUGCUGAAAGAUCCAGAAUUUGGACUGCCAGAAGAUAAAAUUCGUCUAUACAUCAUCUACUAUAUUUGUGCGCAAAACGUGCCCGAAUACGAAUUUGAACGUAUGAAAGAAGCCCUGCAAGAGGCUGGCUGUGAUCUCUCGCCACUUGCGUAUGUGCAGCGUUGGAAGGGCAUCAUAAACCGUUCGCCGGCAAUGAAUCAGGCUGUACAAUAUGAAGGUGGCGGUACUCGCACUGUAUCUAUGUUCUCAAAAUUAGUGUCACAAGGCUCGUCGUUUGUGAUGGAAGGUGUUAAGAAUUUAGUCGUCAAGAGGCAUAGCCUCCCGGUUACAAAGAUCACCGAACAGGUGAUGGAAUGCCGUAGUAAUUCCGAAACCGAUGACUAUCUUUACUUAGAUCCAAAACUAUUAAAAGGUGGAGAUGUAUUGCCAAAGAAUCGAGCACCAUUCCAAGAUGCGGUCGUUUUUAUAGUGGGUGGCGGUAAUUAUAUUGAAUACCAAAAUUUAGUCGAUUACAUCAAACAAAAACAAACGGCCAAUGUGAAUAAACGCAUCAUCUACGGUUCAUCAACACUAAGCAAUGCGAAACUAUUCCUCAAGGAGCUGUCAGCAUUGGGGCGUGAAAUACAAGCGCCCGUCCUGAGUUAGGAACGGCAAAGCAAAUAUGACAAGGUUCAUGCCAAAUUGAAAUGCUGUUGAACGGUGAAAAUAACAAAAAAGUGGAGUGUUGACCAUUUGUUUAAUUCUUACUAUGCUUUAAUUUAAAUGAAUGACAGCUGAAGAUAGGACUUUAGUUAUUUUUGCGGCUUUGUGUUUAUCUAUAAACAUAGUUUUUCGUUUUGUACAACUUCCAGUAAUAUAAAUACAUUUACAUAUAUACAUAUACCUUAUUGUUGAGGGGAGACAAGUGUCUAUAUGAGUUGAUACAUUUAAAGCAUUAAAGUUUAUAGUAAUUAUUUUAAAAACCACGCCUUAUUCGACUAUGUAGCUUGAUAAAAAUCAUUGUUUAUUCUUCAAUAUUAGAAAGGAAGUAAAUACAUUUAGCAAAACUAUAAUAAAAAAGAAUGGCUCUGGCAUAUUUGUAAAGGCGGAGUGUGGGUAUCUUAAGAGUGAAGGUGGAAGAAAUACAAAUAGAAAUGAA